AUGGCUUCCUGUACUGUUUACCUGGCCACUUGCCGAAAUGCCCCCAGUCAACGCAAGCACUUUGGCAUUUUUGUUCCUUUCGCCGAUGACCCCCAGAUAUGCACUAUUAUUCACGUCGUGGGUGCCCCGAUGGUUGGAUAUGAACUGCAGUUCAAACGGAACUAUAACCUGUCAAGCAGUCAAUUGUCUUAUCAACUUGUUCCCAUCGGCCAAGUGUCCGCAGCCAACAUUGUCGAAUCCCCUAGUGGGCUGAUGACAAUUGAUAGCAAUGCGAAAGGCAUCAUGGAAACCGUGGCAACACAAGUGCCGCCGCCUCCAAUCAGCCAGAAUUUCUUGGCGCCUGUUGACGGUGUGUUCAACAAGAGAUGUCAGGAGUGGACUGUCGAAUAUGUCGAUCGGCUGAUCUCCAGAAAUAUCAUCGACGCCGGGGCUCGCAAUGUCGUGCAGGCCCAUCGCGAUCCUCCUGACCAUGGAGUUGGCCUGCAGUCUGUUGACAGGGGUAGGGGCCGUGGUGUCUGA